AGGGAAACCCCGGUCUCAAGUUCCAGCUGCUCAAACUGCUUAGGAAAGGAGGAUUGAAACGGAGAGGCCGCAUUGGGAACUGGAUCGUUUAUAGAGGCACGCCUCCCGCACAGCCAUGACUCAGGGGGACCCCGCAGAGGUCAAGGUGCAGCUGCCAGCUGAGUGAUGGGGCUUCCCCUCUCCCCGCUGCCUCUCUGCGCCGGUGGUGUAUCAGUGACGGACUACACCUCCCAUGAGGCCCAGGGGCACCUCCGACUCCGCCGGAGAGGGCGCGCAGGCGCAGUGGCCGGGCGGAGACUGCAAUCCCAGCCUUACUUUUCUUCAACUCCGGGCACUAGCUGGAGUGGAAAGUCCUGUUCCUGGUUGGGACGGAAGUGAAGCCUCCCGUUUCUGCCCUGCAGUCGACACAUUGCUUGUCUCUCGGCUGCCAGAGUGAUGGAGCUCCCCUUCCGGAAAGACUUGGACAAGUACAAGGAACUGGAUGAGGAUGAAAUCCUGGGGAAGUUGUCAGAGGAAGAGCUGAAACAAUUGGAAAGUGUUCUGGAUGACCUCGAUCCAGAGAAUGCCCUUCUGCCAGCAGGAUUCCGGCAAAAGGACCACACUUGCAAAAAACCCUCCGGUCCUUAUGACAGAGAGAAACUUCUUGCGUAUCUGGAGAAACAAGCGCUGGAGCAUAAAGACAGGGAAGAUGUUGUCCCUUACACGGGAGAAAAGAAAGGGAAAAUGUUUAUCCCCAAACAGAAACCAGUACAAUACACAGAGGAGAAAGUGACUCUUGACCCAGAAUUGGAGGAAGCAUUGACGAGUGCUACAGACACAGAAUUGUGUGACCUUGCAGCCAUCCUGGGAAUGCACAACUUGAUAAGCAACAGCCAGCUAUGCGAUAUCAUGGGAAGUAACAAUGGCAUCGGCAACGAAGGCUUUGCAAAUGUCGUCAAAGGAGAAAAGAUAAUGCCAGUCUUUGAUGAGCCACCAAACCCAACAAAUGUGGAAGAGAGUUUGCAGAGGAUUAAAGAGAAUGAUUCUCGCCUUGUUGAAGUCAACCUGAACAACAUAAAGAACAUUCCCAUCCCAACGCUGAAAGAAUUUGCCAAGGCCCUGGAAACAAAUACUUGCGUGAAGAGCUUCAGCCUUGCAGCUACCCGAAGCAACGACCCUGUCGCAGUUGCAUUUGCGGAGAUGCUGAAAGUGAACAAAUCGCUGAAGAGUCUCAACCUCGAGUCCAACUUCAUCACCGGGGCAGGCAUGCUGGCUCUGAUCGAUGCCCUCAAAGAGAACGACACCCUGACUGAGAUCAAAAUCGACAACCAGAGGCAGCAGUUGGGGACACUGGUCGAGAUGGAGAUUGCAAAGAUGCUUGAAGAGAACCCCAAGAUCCUUAAAUUUGGCUAUCGCUUCAUGCAGCAGGGCCCACGGACCCGAGCAGCAGCCGCAAUCACGAAAAGCAACGACUUAGUCUGGCGUUUAAGAGUAAAACUUUCAGCAAACAUCCUUUCAUCUCUUCAGCCUUGAAUCUUCUGAAGCAGUUCGCAAGAGACGAGUGGAAGGAGACCACCAGUAAAUCUUCCUGCCGACAGACAUGCACAGCAGAGAGAAUUCGGAGCUCCUUGAGGUGUAUCUGCUUAGCCUUUGGCAAUCUUGAGACUUCUUUUGACUUGGGGUAGAAGGGAAAAGACUGGAAUUGCCAUUCCUCUUUUGAAUUUUGUCUCUUUGUAAUGUUAUAUUGAUAUGUAUGGUAUCUAACAUCUAUAUGUUUGAGACGUGGUCAACACAUCUGCCCAAGGUCAAUUCUUGAAAACACUUUUAAUUCCAGACUUGGGUCUGUGUCUUCCACACACAAAAAGUUAAAUAACCAUUGUAAAAUCUGUGGAGUCACUGUCCAAUAGGCAAUUUAUUAUCACUAGGCAAAUGGUGAAAGCCAAAGUAGGGUUCAGGUUUUCAGGGAACUUGGAGUCCUUGGGAGGCUUCGUACGAUGGCCGCCGGGUAAGGAGGUCAGGGCCAUGUCGGUAAAAUGGCGGGAACCGAGACCUCGUGUCGAACGAAUCUGCCCAAGUCUGGUUCCUGCACCGCAUUACCGACAUUCUCCAAACUUCUGCCCGACUUCUGUAACCAGGAAUCCAAGUUGAGCAGGCCAGAUUGAGAGAAUGUCAGUAAUGUGACUUGAGCAGCUUCAUCAUACGCCCGUCGGGAGUGUGCACUCCUAGUUCCCGUGAUCGUACCUACAGUUCCCAACUUCCUUACUCGGUAGUGAUUGUGUGAAGCUCCCCCUUUAUUUAAGCAUCGGGACUUUGUGUAUAGUUUGAAAACGAUGUUUUAGAGAGAAAAGGGAUUCUGUACACGGAACAAAGGACUCCGAUACUUCCUUCGUCCACUUUGAGUGGUGGUGGUGAGUGGUCACGACUUCUCACAGUUCCUCUGUUCGUCUUUAGUCUGCUUUGAACAUUUUGGAAUGCUUUCUUGAUUCAGAGAUUAAGCUUGAAACUUCUUUUUAUAAGAGAAGGAUUAUUCCACUUUAUGGGCUGCUUCCGCUCUUUUACCUCCUGGAGGUAAGCUAAGCCGACUAAAAACAACCAAACGGAUAUAUGGGUGCCUUAAGUAAACCUUGCAGCAUUUGUCAUGCAUGCUAUUUUGCGUAGCUUCUUAUUCUGUUAACUGGCCGAAUGCGACAUUUCAGCACUUUUUGCCCCGUUACGUCUGAACUGGAUGUAUUUAUAGACUUGUUUUUGGUUUUGGCAGCACAGUGUUGGUUUCUGUUCCUUGGUGAGAUGAGAAGACUGUUUAAAUGUCUAUGGCAGCCCAUCGGAUCUAUGGCUCUCAGGUGACAUGGGACAUAUCAGCCUCAUUUUUCAGCCCGUCAGGUGCAUGAUAAGCCCUGUCUGGAUGAGCUGUGAUACGUGGCUACCAUAUUGAUCCUGGGACUGUGAGGCUUUUGACAGAUGUGGCGUAGCAAAUUUUCUAGAAGCAAGGGCCUUAUGUUCUGCAAUGCCACUAAUGUGCGGGAAGAAAUUGUCUUAGACAUGGGAUGCAGCAGACUAUUCCCAAGUGAAAUCCAGAGUUUUAAAAUAUGUCUUGAUCAAAUGCACUUGACCGAAUUAACACACCUUCCUUAGAGGUUGAAACGAACAGGAUGACACCAGAACAUAUAAUCUGAGCUUGGCAGCCACUGUGAAAGAAGGCGCACAUAACAGAGCGGCACAACUUCAUCCCUCCUGCAGAUGUUGACCACACUUCCCAUCAUCACUGACUAUCAGCCACUGUGACUGGGGAUAAUGGGAGUUGUCGUCCAAAAAUAACGGGAGAGCCAACAUUGUGUAGCCCUGUGUUGGAGUCACCACUACAUGAAUGUCUACCACUGAUUUAUAGCUCCCCCAGUUUCACAUGGUGUUCUAUAUUGGGCACAAGCCAUCAUGCUGGUCCUAUAAACCACACAGAAGCAAAUAGGUGGACUGCACCAGUGUUAUAGAUGGGUCAGGAUUCACAGAGCUACUUCCAACUCAUGUUAAGUGCAGAAUUCUGUCUUCAGAAAAACUAAGCAACAACCCUCCUUCCAUUUCAAACAUCACUCUGUUUGGGUUUUCUGUUUAUACGAUUGCAAAAUGUUUUGUCUCUGCUACUUGAUGAGCACUGAACUAAACAGCAUAGAGCAGCAGAUCAGAUCAGCUCACAGACAUUUUUCUUAGAAGUUGCAUAUGUUUUAAUGGUCCCUUGAUACCCAGCUUUGGUCUAUUCCCCGCCCCCGCCCUCCUAAAUCUCUCUCUUCAGAUAAGGAUUGUGACUGUAGACAUCUAAUUGGAAGUCAGUUUCAUUAAAAUCUUCCAAGUCAGUGCAUUUUGGAUUGAGGCAAAAGUUGUGGUUUGCAAAUGGCUAGGUUUGAUAUUAUAUAUUUAACUCCCAUAAUCUGUAUGUAAGGGCUGAAUCUUGCACCUGCGUACUCAUGUGCCCAAGUCUCACUGAAAUCCCACUUGGGCAGGAUUGCUCCCUACAUAUCUCUUUCACAGGUGGUGCUAUGCUAAUUCACCAAAGUGUGAGGGAUGCUUGUACUGUAUUAUCCUGCCUGAAACCAGGAGUAAGAUGAUUCACCUGAGUGCUGCUAUUGCACGACUCAGGUUAAUUUCAGCGUGGCUUGAGCAGAAGUUCACAUAUGCCACCUUGGAACCCACAAAUGCAGCACAACAGCACUCCUGGGUGAAUGGUUUUUAAUGAUUAUAGUGCCUAAUACUACUUUAGAGUUGUCAAAAAAAGGAUCGGUAAACGACCUCCUCUCUUCUGGAGGAGACUGCAUUGUCAGCUGGGUUGGUUUGUGUUUCCUGAGCAGAUUCUGGGUAAAUUGAUGUCACAAGUAUUAGUAUGAUACUUUCAGUAACUGAUGAAAUAAUUAAGGUGAAACCUUCUUAUGGUGGUCUGAGCAUCUAUUAGCACACACAUUGCUUAGUGGCCUACACAGAAACUGGUGUCUAAUUUGCAGCAGUCCAGUGAUCAUCGCUGGAGAGAAGGAGGCAUUCUCUCCUCUCAGCACCUGGUUGACCACAGAGUAAAUCAGCCGCAUCUUUAACCAUGGCAAGAGGCGUUGAAGAGGGCUUGCUCUUCUUUAAAAAAAAAAUCUGAUAGGCCUCUACACGAGCAGAACAGUGUUCCUUCUAACAGGGAUUCCCAGUUGUUGACUACAACUCCCAGGACCUCCAGCUGCAAUGGCUUUUGCUUGGGGAUUCUGGGAGUUGUAGUCAACAACAUCUGGGAAUCCCUGUCAGAGGGGACACUGGAGCAGGAGCGUCUGCAGCCUUUGGAUUAUCUGGCCACGUUACUGGCACCGCUCACAUUUUCUUCCCUCUUGAAUUUUCGAGGAAAUUAUCCUUUGGGGUCACUUCCUGCCACAUUCUGGGGGUGAGGGGCAUGGCUAUUGACCUAAGCAAGCCUCCAGGAACACUCUCAGUUCUUCUUCAGGCGCCACUGAAGUUGCUGCUGCCUCAGAGGCACAGUAGAACCCGGGGUGAAAAGAUUGAACAAAAGAUUGAAAGUAAAUGAAUAAAACCUUUGUGGAGGGGCUUAAUGAUAUGGCUCAAGUCAACGAUUCUAGCUAUGAAGCUGCCCCUCCAAGUUAUGCAGAAGGGCAGGUGAAACGGAGAGGUUUUAACCAUUGCUGGUUCUCCUUCUGAACUGUUCAGGAACUAUAAUGCAAAGUGGUUUUUCUGGCUCUGAAUGCAUACAGGUCAGGUUGGCACAAGCUGGGUUGAUGUUGGUAACUGGGAGUGUAUGCUCCCAACAGUCAUGAUGUCUGAACCCACAUGAGUCCAGUUCCCUUGCUGGAUUUCCACAUUUAUCCUGACUUUGUCACCCGGCUUCAGAUCUUGGUGAUAGAAGUCCAGGAGAAUCUCGAAUCCAGCACAGGAACUGGAAUUGGGCAGCUUCCAAUGUCUUGCCCACUGUAAGCGCACGUUCCCAGUUACCCACACUUGCCCACCUCACUGAUUUGCAGAUCGUGCAAACUUGCCCACUGAGAAAUCAAGUGUGCUAAGCUUACUUUUAAGGGCAUACACGAUGUGACCUUGCAUAUAAUGAUCAAGGAAUAAACACAACACUGGGCCUGUUCUUAAAGAAGUGAAGCUUUUGUGCAUUUUUACAGUCUAUUAGUCCUUGGGGGAAAUUGCUUUUUGUUUGAAAUAUGCACUUAUCCUGUAAAAUAAUUAACCUCCAGCUUUUAUUGAUUGUCUUAGGGUCCGCAUCUUAAGAUCCAGAAUAGAAUGUUUCCGUACUAUACUUCAGAAUAAUGUGCUUACACUUAUACUGUUUACAAAUGUUAUCUUCUCUUAUUUUUGAUACAAAUAAUACCGUUUGCAAGCUACAGAUUUUUGUUGUUGUUGAUGUUUCUGUUGAAGAGACAUGAAUUACAUCAGAAUGCCAGCACUGUAUGCUGCCGUUUAUUGUAAUAAACAUAUCCAAACGAG